GGCCGCUGGUCGCUGGGGCUCAGUCCGCUGCCCGCUGGUUCAGUCGCUUCCCAUCUGCUCAGUGCCCUGUGUCUGACAGAAGAAGAGCGCAAUGGUCGGCCGCGGCUCGGCGCCGCUCUGGGCCGUGCUGCUUUGUCUCAGCGCGCGGCUCGUGACCGGCGACCAGGACCAGCAGCCCUCGGCGCAGCUGAGCUUUACGCCCGACGAGCUGUGGAAGUUCAUCGGGCAGGCGGUGAGGUCCGAGGUGCAGCUGAUCUUCGGAAAACUGGACCUGGAGAGGCGGCUGGAAACGCUCGACUUCAGCGUGACGGCACUGGAGUCGAGCGUGGAAGCGCUAAAUUCCCGGCAAAAUGCACUCGAUGCCAGGGUGUACGCGACGGAUACCAGGCUGAACUCAAAAGGAGACACGCUUGAUGCGAGAGUUGAUGACCUGGCUUCGCAGUUGUAUCGUCGUGGCUCUGAGUCGGAUACAAUCGCCGCUAGGCUGGACGAUCAAAAUCAUUCGCUGAAAACAUUGGGCGCAUCUAUUGAGAGCUGCCAAGUUCAAAUGUUAGAAUGGACAAUAAAACUAGACCAUCAGCAGUCGAGUCUGGAGGACCUCGCCAAAAAGGUGAGCCAGAAUUCGGUCAAGUUAAAUGCGACGAGCGGCCUCCUGAACCAGUCUUUGCAAUCCUAUUACAUGGAGGGUAAUCCAAACGAUUGGCGUCCACGUAUGGAAGAGCUGGCCGAAGAAGUAAAUAACAUAACCUCGCGCGUGAACAAGAUGGCCGCCAGCGGGCCUCAGCUGGAGCAACUGACGACCAGAAACGACAUGCUACAGCUGACACUAGAUGCGGCCAGCGCCGCACUGAACGCCAGUCGGGGUCAGCCCGCCACCUCGCUGCCCCGAGACUGCAGUGAGCUGCCAGCGGGCACCGCCAGCGGCAUCCACCUGCUGCAGCCGGGUCUGGACCGAUCCGUGCCACCCACCCCGGCCUUCUGCGACCUGGAGUCGGACGGCGGCGGCUGGACCGUCGUCCAGCGGCGCGCCGACAUCCAGCCCCGACAGGAGUUCUACCUCGGCUGGCAGGCGUACCGCGAGGGCUUCGGCGAGCUGGAUCGAGAGUUCUGGUGGGGCCUGGAGUCGCUGUGGAGGACGACCGGCUCGCGGGACCGCCGCUACCAGCUGCGGAUCACGCUGGGGGACUUUGACGGCGAGAGAAGGCACGCGGUGUACGGCACGUUCAGGGUCUCCUCGGAGGCGGAUGGGUACCGGCUGGCCGUGGGUAACUACUCGGGGGACGCAGGAGACGCCCUCAAACGCCAUAACGGGUACCGCUUCAGCACAAAGGACCGGGACAAUGACGGGUACUCACUCUCCUGUGCUACAACACACCGAGGGGCGUGGUGGUAUGAGGCGUGUUAUGAUUCCAAUUUAAAUGGACAACCACUGGUUGGACAUAACACAGGUCAGGGUGGAAUUAGCUGGAAUAAGUGGAGAACUUGGGAUUACUCUCUGAAAGCUGCCGAAAUGAAGAUUCGACCGCAGGCACAAACCAGGACUUAAAUGUGUUAUGGUGGUCUCUUGGGCUUUUGGAUCGCCCCAUUUUCAUUAUUUUCAUUUUAAAAUGUUCCAUCAUUGCACAAUAUCAUUGGCAACAAUCACUUCUAAUCAUGCAUCAUUUAAAACGAAAUCCCGCAGAAACCGAAAAAAGUUCAAAGCUCUGAACUUUUUCGGUUCUGACUCGUCGGUUUUUGCGGGUUUUCGUUCCAUGGGACGCCAGACUGGCGUGUAGCCUGCCCAAAGCAUUCGCUCUGGGACGAAUUUUACGACGCGAACCGAAAUCCCGCAGAAACCGAAAAAAAAAACGUCGAAAUUCAUGCUAGUGUAGCUUAGGCUUAAGGGGUUCGCUUAAGAAAUUAACUGUGUCCUAUCGUAACGCAUUGCUGAGCUGCUUCCGUCGUUUUGGUAUGCACAAAAAUAAUGACACCCAUUAUGCGUGUUUGCUUGUGCAAAAAUGAUAUACUAUUAAUGGGUGUCAUGUCACACGACUUUCAGAAAAAAAAAAUUCAAUGCCUGCCAGAGCUACACCUAGUGACUUUGAAACUUUCAGCAAUCGAUAAAAACAACAUUAUUUACAAAAUGUAUAUCUCGUAAGUUUGAUAUCGGUAACUUUAGGUCAGGUCACCUUUGCAAUUUCCCCCUUAUCAGUCCAUGCCCAUUGGAGAAAAUUAAAAGGCACCUCUCUUGGACGAAUGUCAUUCUAAACACGUUCAAUCAUUGAUUUACA